AUGGUGUGGUAUGCAACUCUUACGAAGCACUUGCUCGAGCAUGGCUAUUCACGGGGGACAAUCGAUCAAACCCUGUUCAUUAAGCAUGUUGGUGCCAAUCAGAUUCUAGUUCAAAUCUACGUCGAUGACAUCAAUUUCUGGUCAAUGUGUCCACAGCUGUGCAAGGAUAUUAAAAGCAUGAUGAAGAAGACGUUCAAGAUGAGGUCCCUUGGGGAGAUGACCAUGUUUUUGGGGCUUCAGGUCAAACAAGACUCAACCGGAAUCCUAUUACUUCAAGCCAAGUAUGUUGAUGAUAUGCUAGAGAAGUUCGGGUUUCGAGACGCAAAACCUGCCUUGACGCCGAUGGUCGAGCAACCCCUGUUGACUCCAUAUACUGAAGGCGAAUUCGUAGAUUAG